CCCCAUCGAUUCAACACAACUGCACACAUAAGCACUUACUAAUAAUAAAGCUCUGUUUGUAUGUCAUUUUCAUGGAGUCCUAACGCUAACACAUAUGGAGUGUCAAGAGGAAAAGCCAAUCAUCUAUACUAUGGAAAACAAGCCGAUUGUGACAUGUGCUGGAGACCAGGGCUUGUUUACGUCUCUCUACACGUCAUUGGCCCAACAACUUCCCAGGGAGCCAAUGGAAUGGAGGAGGACGUAUGGCCGUGCACCAAAAAUGAUCCACCUUGAAGCUAAUUUUGUCCAGUUUAAAGAGGAGCUGCUCCCCAAGGAGGGCAACAAGGCUCUCCUCACCUUCCCCUUCCUCCACAUCUACUGGACUGACUGCUGUGAUACAGAAGUGUAUAAGAGCAUGGUAAAGGAGGACAUGAUGCGCUGGCAGAACAGCUUGCGCACCCACGGCUCAGCUGACUGGGUCAUCAUCGUCGUGGAGACCAACGACACUAAGAAGAAGAACAAGACCAACAUCCUGCCUCGGUCGUCCAUCGUGGACAAGAUCCGUAGUGAUUUUUGCAACAAACAGAACGACAGGUGUGUGGUGCUGUCGGAUCCUCUGAAGGACUCGUCUCGGUCUCAGGAAUCCUGGAAUUCCUUAUUACUCAAGCUGCGAACUCUCCUCCUCAUGUCCUUCACCAAGAACCUGGGCCGCUUUGAAGAUGACAUGCGUACACUCCGAGAGAAACGCACCCAGCCGGGCUGGAGCUUCUGUGAAUACUUCAUGGUCCAGGAGGAACUGGCCUUUGUUUUUGAGAUGCUGCAGCAGUUUGAGGAUGCCUUGGUCCAGUAUGAUGAACUAGAUGCUCUUUUUACCCAGUAUGUCCUUAACUUUGGAGCUGGAGAUACAGCUAACUGGCUCGGCUCAUUCUGCGCCCCGGUGCGCAGCUGGAGCGGCCUGCUGCUUCGUCGGCCCAUUGACAUGGAGAAGAGAGAUGGGAUCCAGCGAGGAGAGGCCAGCCUGUUGGAUCUGAGGAGCUACCUCUUCUCCCGCCAGUGCACCUUACUCAUCUUCCUACAGAGGCCAUGGGAGGUUACCCAGAGAGCCCUGGAACUGCUGCAUAACUGUGUCCAGGAGCUACGCCUGCUUGAGGUGUCGGUGCUGGAGGGGGCGCUGGACUGUUGGGUGUUCCUCAGCUGCUUGGAGGUUUUGCACAGAAUCGAGGGCUGCUGCGAUCAGGCCCAGUUAGCUGCAAACUGCUCCCACACUGUGGGGCUGUGGGCUUACGCCACUGACAAGCUGAAGUCCCUGGGGGAACUCUGUGGCCUGGUGUCAGAGAAGGGACCCACAUCUGAGGACCUGAACAGGACUGUAGAUCUGCUGGCUGGACUGGGAGAUGAGAGGCCUGAGACUGUCAACAGUUUGCAGAGCCCUUACAAAAAGCUGAAAGAAGCGUUGUCGUCUGUAGAAGCUUUUGAAAGACACUAUCUUGAACUCUCUCACGCUGCUAUGGAGAUGUACAGGGCCAUCGGCCGGCUGAGGUCUGCCAGACUGGUGGGAAAAAGCCUGGCUGAGUUCUACAUGAGGAAGGGGGACCCUGAGCGGGCAGAAACUUUCUUGCAGGAAGCUCUGAAGUCGUACGUGUCAGAGGGAUGGAGCCUCCCUGUCACUCACACCAGGAAACAGAUUGCCGAGUGUCAGAAACUGCUGGGCAGAACUGAAGACUACCUGCAGACCAGUGCCUUGUUGGCUGGUGACGUGAAUCUGACCACAGAGGAGAGGAAGCACUUUUGUCAGGAAAUUCUGACCUUCGCCGGAAAGUCUGGAGAUCACUCCCACAAAGUGACUCUCAGCAUGGGCGUUUUUGCUCAGCUCACACGACUACAGUUCCACCCAGCGACGGCCUCUGUGCACUCUGGAGCCGUCCUGCAGGUGGAGCUCACUCUGAGAUGUUUUAUGCCGGUGUCCGUGCACAUACAGCAAGUAGCUGCUAGCAUUCACUUUGACGUGGAUCACGGAGGGACUCAUGGAAGGUCUAAGGGGGCUCAGAGACAAACAAACCCAGGGACAGUAGAGUUUAACCAUGGAAACUCGUCAGCGGGGCCCCCCUCCUCCUCGGCUGCACGUCCUCCUUUAGAACUGGAUGAGAUUCAGGACAGGAGUCCUUCAGACAAUUCGCUCAACUCUACAGGAGUGGUGUGUAAAAACACUCACCUGCUCAUGCGUUGUCAUGACAGCACCUCACCGCCAGACACGCCCAACUGUGUCAGCCCUCCUACUGUUGCCAUGAAGGAGGGAGCACAGAUGCUGAAAGUGCAGGAUGUAAAAUUAGAGCCCGGGAAUAACAGCAUUACCUUCACAGCACCAAGUGGGCAGCCAGGUACUUACACGUUGCGUCAGCUGUGUGCCACGGUGGGUCAGGUGCAGUUCGUGCUGCCUCACAUCUACCCAUCGGUCCAGUAUGAAGUGUAUUCUCAGGAGCCCCAGCUCACUGUGGAGCCUCUCUCAGAGCCUCUGUUAGCCGGUCUGCCUCAGAUAGUGAAGUUCACUCUGUUGACGGGUCACUACGCUGUGAAGAAAGGAGACGCUCUGCAGCUCAGCAACACAGACACCAUGCCCAUCCUGCCCUCCGCCAGCUGCACCGCCCGCAUCAGCAACCCCGCUGCUGAGUUGGUGGGUGAAAGCGUCCUCUCCAUUCAGUCGUCUGAGAAGGUGACCAGCAUCAGCCUGCCGCCGACCCCUCCCUACCACACGCUGGAGUUCCAGCUGGAGGUUUUGUGCAUCAUCCCGUCCGGGUCCGAGCGGCCCGCCAAUGAGAGGCUGACCAAUGGCGAGGUCCGCCAUCGACCUCGCAGCUACAGUCAUCCCGACACGCCCAUGACCGCCAUCGACCAGAGGAUGUCUAUCGACUGUCCGUGGUCGAUCUACUCCACGCUGCUAGCUCUCACCUUCUACAUCCCCUUCAAGACCAAACACUCGCUGCUUUCUGCUGGUAACAGGAAGUACAUCCAGGUGUGCGUGCAGAAUGUGUCAGACGUGAACUUCACGCUGGCUGAAGUGAAGCUGACAGAGAAGCAGCAUGCAGCUCUGGAGCUUCAGUCCCUUAACGCUAAAGCACAGCAGCUUUUGUGCAGUAAGCACAGCGUGUUCUGCUUGUGGGAGGUGAGGUGGAAGGAUGACCUGCCUUCCUGUCUCCAGUGUAUUUUCUCUGCCAACUUCUCUCCACUCAACCAAGACGUCUCUGCCUUCAAACCCUUCCACUACCAGUUCCAGCUCGAGAGAGUCACUACAUUGUACAGCGUGAGAGCUGAGAUCCUGCCUCCUGCUGGUGAACAACACUGUCGCUCUGGUUUCCUCUGUGGACUGGAGGUGUGUAUAACGCGACUGACUGAGCCUGCAGAGGGAGAGAUGGCGGAGGAGAGCAAGACUGACACAGACGGUCUCAAAACCACCAAACUCAUGUAUGAAGUGGCUGACAGCAGCAGUAACUGGGCGGUGUGUGGGAAGAGUUCAGGGAUGGUAUCGAUGCCCAUGACGGCCAACGCCACCCACAAGGUGCAGAUCGAGGUGAUGCCUCUGUUCGCAGGACACCUGCCCUUCCCCAAAAUCAAAGUGCUGAAGUACCUGCCUCACACUGCAGCAGUGGCCAUUCAGCCAGACCCUGACAGCUGCGUGGAGAACGACAGUCUGUCCCUGCUGGACAAGACGCUGGACGACCAGGCCGACACGGCGAGCAUCCGCAGCCGGGGCAGCAUCCACUCCGUGGGCAGCGGCGACCAGCAACAGAAGGGCGUGGCCAUGCCUCGUCUGGAACCCUUCAGCCCGGGACAGGUGUUCAACCACAGCCUCGCACGGCAGGUCCUGGUGCUGCCCGCCACCGACGACCACAUCAUGGAGGUGAAUGCUACAUGACCCUGGUGGCGAGACCUCCUGUCCUCUUCUUAUUGGACUGAACCCAGGCCCUGGAUGGACUCCGCUGAGCUUUUGCUCUGGGGCAGAUUGGGUCCAUGAGUCCAUGUCGAAGACCGCCGCAGGUUGCCGGUAUGGACUCCCCCCCUAAACCCCCCCAAGCAUGAAACGUUCACAUCACUGGAGACAUUAUGGACUACACACAGUGAAGAGCCAAUGACAUCUGCUGAUAAAUUGAAAUAAUAAAUUCUUUGCCAUACUUUGUACAUAGCUCAUUGGAUGGAUUUAUAGUUAUAAAUAUAUAAAUAUAUAUAUGGACUGAUCAAUCAGAUUGGCGCCUGUUGUGCUCCUUCGAACUGAAGAAUAACACUCCUGAUUGUCCCAUGAUGCACCAAAGCCCUAGAUGUGUGUACGCCUCGAUCAGCUACUCAAGUACUGUAACUUUGACUGAGUGUUCCCAGCUGUAAGUGCUGUUCCUGGGCCUCUCGAGCAGUCAUCACUUUUAUGUUUGAGACUUUCUUUUCAAGUUGCUUUAAAUAAGCUGCUGUUCUCAUCGAGAAUAUAAUAGAAACCAGGCAGGGUCACAGAUCAUGGACGCGUCUUUGGAGACAUAUCCAUAGUGUUCACAGCCGAUACAGAAAACAUUCGCACUGCUGUAAAAUGAGAUAGAAUAUUCAUUCUGGGGUCAGACUACAUAAUAUCAGCCUGUGUUGCCUGACAUUGACCCACAGGACUCUUCUCCACACAUGAUGAAAACAUGUCGAAGUAAAAGAGGAGGUGGAACAGUGAAGUCGGUCCUUGGCGACUCACUGAUCAACUGUACGUCACUCAAGUUGUAUAAAUCCAGUGUGUCUGUGCCAAGUAAUAGCAAGAAUUUAUGAGACUGUAAUCUCCUAAUCUGACACAGUGGGAGGAAAAAUAUUGUGCAAUCAGAUCCCAGUAGACUGUGUCCUCUUUCUCCAGACAAGUAAGCAGCUAUCAGUUCUGGUUGCCAUCUUUGUUUGGGUCACAUGAACAGAAACGCACAACGAAAUAUAAAAUUAGACUUUUCUUUACACUAGGGGUGAAAUUUUCGCAAUGAGCAAGAGAGAAGAAAAGGCAGACUGUCAUUAGUGACAGUCGAGGGUAAUGUUUUGCAUUCUUUGGUCCCGAAAUGAUCACAAGUCCAGCAUUUAGACUGUUUGUGAAGUUGUACUUUCUUAACCACAAUUUCAAAGCAGUUACGAAUGGAAGUUCUGCUAUAUUUUAAACUAAUACGUCUGUUUUAACAGACUUUGGUGCUUGUUAGCCGAUAAAUCAAAUACUAGAUCCAAAGUUGACUUAUCUUGCUCAUGGAUGAAUAGAGCCUCAGUCAAUGAUAAAGGCAUUUUAGAACAUUUAGAACAUUUUUUUGACAAAAGGACUGAAAUAAAAUAAUUUGUUUUAAGAUCAAUUCUGGAAAAAAAGACAUUCACGAACUACUUCCUGUUGGGAAGUUUUGUUUUGAUAAAGGAUUGAAACAUCUAAAAAUUAUGCUCCAACUCCGAAAUAGAGUUACGUAAAAAUGAAUUUGAGAUAACUUCAUAAAAAUGUACAAGAUUAUAUUGUACACUGUAUUCUAAAUAGCAGUUUAAUUGCCAGUUUACAGCAAAGAGAAUGUUUUUUUUUUUUCUGGCAUGACUGAAGAAUCUUUGAUUAUGGAUAUAUCUUCCAAGAACACAGUGAGAUUUAUUUAAUAACUUUAUUUCUAUUUAUCUUUAAUAAAAGCAGCAACUUGUUUUCCGAGUCAAAUGCAAACAUCAGCACAGAACUCUCAAAUGUGAAAGCAGUGAUGACAGGAGAGGCUCAGGCUGAAUCUAGCGGUGUGUCGUGUGUAUCUGUUCAGCUGUAGUUCUGUGUAUGUGUGAGGGUCCAUGUGAACGUGUCUGUGCGAGUGUGUGUGAUCAGGUGAGACUUUUAAAUAAGGAUCAGCCAGUGCACAUUAUUGUCUAUCUAUUGUCUUACCUAGCAGUGGAUUGUUCAUAUACAGUGUGCGUGUAUUUAUUCUGUGUGUGUGGGUGUGUGUGUCGGUCGCCAAAUCUGUGUCUGAGCUAUGCACACACGCCGUUAGGUGUUGAAUAGAUGAGUGAAAUAAGUCGUUAUUGGAUUUAUUCGUUCGUUUAUUUGAAAGGAUGAAUGUCAGCUACUUCUGCCCUCCCCUCCUCCCCCCUCCCCUCCUCCCCCUCGGCGCACACACACAGUGUAACUACAGCCUCCUGCUCUUGUUUGACCACUGUACAUACUGAUCUGUAAAUAAUGAUUCAAAUCAAAAUCAUCUUUGAUUGCCAACUAUAUUAAAAAAAAUCAUUGGGACUGACUCGA